GCUCUCAUGGCUCGACAUUAUCCCUCAAAGACUCACGAACACCAUGAUAUUUUAAAAUGUGUCCACAGCCACAAAUAAAAUAAGUAAAUAUAUCCGAACCACAUCACCUUCAGCUUUUCACUAUUGAUCAAACGUGACUCUGCGGGAAUAAAUCGCCUGUCCCUUUUAAUUCUGAUUUCCGUGCGUGAUAUAUAUUGUGAUCACCUGUCAGAUGCGGCGCCUGCGCACUAGAGCGGGAGGCGGAGUGGGGCUCUGUUUGCUCUCAAUCUGCUGCUGCCCUGUGCCCUCCAUCCCUCUUGCUUAGACGGGCUGACACUGAGCGGGAGUUAUCCGACGAGGACUGAGGAGGAUGGCGAAGCAGAUCCGCUACCGAUGAAGGAAGUCUGAUGUAGAUGCUGAGCCAGAGGAGAGCCCUGGAAGCAGCAGCAGCAGUAGCAGCAGCAGCAGAAGGGCUGUAGAUGCCCUCUCCUCAGGUGCGGCUCCAGCCCAGGCCUCUGCUGGAGAGCCGGGUAAAAGAGGGGACAGCUCCUGCUCUGACUCUGACAGCCUUAUAGACUCUAGUUCCAGUGAGGAGGAGGAGGAGGAGGACAAAGUAGAAGAAGCAGACCCAGCCAUGUUCUCCUCCAAAUUUCUCAGUGGGGCGAAUCCCCUGAAUGCUAUGUCUUCUGCUGUGAAUAAGUUUGGCUUGUUCGGAGAUGAUGGGGAAGGGGAUAAAAAGUCACCUCCUCAACAGGGGAGGAAAGCGUCAGGAGAACCACAACCCGGACCUGGCCCUGGAAAGAACACGCAACAAGAACAGGCACCCCAAAAAUCCAACCAGGGUCCCCUUAUGCAAAAAUCCCAGCCUCUCCCUAAACAGGGAUCACCACAGCUACGUGGCAAUGGACAGACAGCUCCACCAACAAACAAACCUGCAGGACAACAAACUAAAGAUCCACCCCAGCAGAGUUCACCAAAGCCUGGAGUUCAACAUCAGGUUCCAGAAAAGGAUGGAGCACAACCGGUAUCUUCAAAACAGGUUCCACCCAAGUUGAAAGAACAACAGGACCCUGCUAAGAGUAGUGUACAAAAUCAAGAACUUUUAAAGGCUGGGGUACAGGGUCCCACAAAGACUGGGCCAGAGAUAGUAAGCCAACAACAGCAGUCAUCACCAAAAACUAGACAACAACAGCACUCACCUAAGGUAGGACAACAGCAGAAAGGGGGCAAAAAUCAGAUAUCCGAUAGACAACAAGACAUUAAGUGCCCAGGCACACCUGAAGUGACACCUGUUGGAUCUCCGUCAUUGGGAUCAACGAAAGCCAAACCUCAGUCAAAAGCAGUUUCUAAACCUCUUUGUCCAGUGUGUAACACAACAGAACUUAAUAUCCAUACCAAGGAAUCACCUAACUACAAAACCUGCACACAGUGUAAAACUGAGGUGUGCAGCUUAUGUGGCUUCAGUCCUCCAGACACUGAUGGGCAUGAGUGGCUUUGCCUAAACUGCCAAAUACAAAGAGCUCAAGGAACUUCAGAGCCACCAGGACCUCCUAAGAAAAGACCGUCUGGUCCUCAAAACCAGAAACCACCACCUGGUGAACCUACAAAAAAGGACAUUUCAGCACCAGGUUCAUCACCGAAACUACAGUCUAAACCAACAAAAGUGCCAGCUAGUGAUGAACCUCCUAAAGGACCAGAAAAUCCAAAACCAGGUGCCAGUUUAGGUCAAGCUCAGAGAAUGACACCAGAGACUCAGCGAGCAUCAGGUUCUCCAAAAAUGCAUCUGAGUGGUCAACCUGGCCAAACGCAAGGCAGGGUCUCUCCAGCUCCACAGCAGGCAUCUGGAGGUUUAUUUGGCUUUAGUAGUGGUGCAAAAAGUGAAUCUGCAAAACCAGAUGAGUCCGUAACUGGGAAGAUGUUUGGUUUUGGUUCCUCUCUUUUUAGUUCUGCAUCUACCUUAAUUGGCUCAGCUGUUCAGGAUGAACCCAAAAUCACACCACCAGUUUCUCCAAAAAUGCAGCUCACAAAGGACAGUAAGGCAGCUUCUGGCCAAAAGUUAGAACUAGAAAAAAAGCAGCAACAACCUCAGGAGAAAAAGACUCAGUCAGCAGUGCAGAAAGCAGGAAAAUCCUCUGCAGAGGUUCCAAAGGCAGCGACAGCCUCCCUCAAUCCUAUCGACAAGGGCCAAUCCAUUUGUCCGAUUUGUAAGAUGGUGCUCAAUGUGGGCUCAAAGGAUCCUCCCAACUUCAACAGCUGCACAGAAUGCAAAAGCACUGUCUGCAAUCAGUGUGGAUUCAACCCCAUGCCAAAUAUAAAAGAGGAAAAGGAGUGGCUUUGUCUGAAUUGCCAGGUGAAACGAGCUGCUGCAGGAACUGAACCACAGAAAGAAACACUCUUGACUGAUUCAUUUAAAAAGACAACUGGAACAUCACCUGGACCUGAAAGGACUUCUGCUCCUGGUUCUCCUCAGAAAAAAGAAUCAACAGUAGCUGCAAAACAAGUCAAGACUGAAGGACCAGUAAGCCAAAGGCAAGCUGUCCAAGUUCCUGGACAGAAGACACCUCAGCAGAGCCAAAGGAUAGAUCCUCAGAAACAAACCGGCCAGACCAUCAAGCCUCCACAAAAAACUGGAAGUGCCACAACGCAAGAGUCUGGAGGCCUCUUUGGUUUUAGUGCUUCUAAAAGUCAAAGUGAUGCAGCAAAACCUGCGGAAUCAGUGACUGGGAAAAUGUUUGGUUUUGGUACCUCCAUCUUUAGCUCUGCUUCAACUUUGAUUACUUCAGCUGUCCAAGAUGAUCCCAAAACUGCAGCACCUGUUUCUCCGAAGUUGUCCCCUGCAAAGGAUCCCAAAUCUCUCGCAGUCAAAAAGCAAGAGCAGGAGAAAAAGCCACAGCAGGUACAGCAAACCCCGGGUCCCACACCAGUGCAGCCAAAAGCAGAUAAACCUCCCUCGGAACUGCCAAAGAAAGAAUCAGCCUCACCACUUAUUUCCAGAAUAUCUGAUUCCACCUGCCCUCUCUGUAAAGUAAAACUGAAUGUGGGCACCAAGGACCCUCCAAACUACAGCACCUGCACAGAGUGCAAAAUCGUUGUCUGUAACCAAUGCGGAUUUAAUCCCACACCAAAUGUAAAGGAGAUCAAAGAGUGGUUAUGUCUCAACUGCCAGGUGCAAAGAGCACUUGGAGCAUCUGAGCCUCCAGGAACACCUGUGAUGAAAUUACGAGCCUCUCCAAACAAAACACCUGCAUCUGCUGAUGCUAUGAGGAAAGAAACACCCUUACAAGAGAAAGAAAUUUCACUACCUGCUAAUUCUAAGGAAUUAGGCUCCCCGCAGCACAACUCACAAAAAUCAGUUGAGCAAUCAGCAAAAGCCGAAGUCAAGAAAGGACCCGAAUUAAGAAAACAGGUCAUACCAGAAGCCAGUCAAAAAGUUCUGGAACAAGACCAAAAGACAGGUUACAAUAAGCCAUCAGACCAGACAAGUCAAACUGAACAUAAAAAGAGUGGUAUUACAUCAACAAAAGAGGAAGAUGGGAGGUCCUUAAAAUCUGGUGGUUCCAAGCCUCAACCAGAAGCUGGAAAACCUACUGAGUCACUUGAAGGAAAAAUGUUUGGCUUUGGUUCUUCAAUGUUGAGUUCUGCUUCCAAUUUUAUAACCUCUGCAGUACAAGAUGAAUCAAAAACACCACCAGUUUCUCCCAAACUUCCAGCAGCAAAGGGAACCAAAUCAAUUCCAGUUCAGAAAUCUGACUCAGAGAAGAAACCAGAGCAAGUUCAGCAAACUAAUCACUCUCCAUUGCUGCAAGCCAAAGUAAUAUCUUCAGAUAGUCAAAAGACUGACCACUCUACCUGUCCUCUAUGUAAGACUGAACUCAAUAUUGCUUCCAAAAAUCCUCCCAACUACAAAAAAUGCACAGAAUGCAAGACCACUGUGUGCAACCAGUGUGGAUUUAACCCAAUGCCAAAUGUGUCAGAGGUCAAAGAAUGGCUAUGUUUGAACUGCCAGAUGCAAAGAGCUCUCAGUGCCUCUGAUGUCACCGGACCUUCCAUAAAACCAGAGACUGAAACAAACAAAGGUUCAUCAUUAACUGUACGUCAGAAAAUCCCACCUCCUAAACAAGAGGAAAGUCUAAAGAAGGAAUUGUCUGACAAAAAGAUAGAAGCCCCACUAACUGAUUCAUCAAAAAAGGAGAGGAGCUCCACACCUGCUUCUCCUCAGAGAACACAGCAUGCAGUUGUACCACCUGCUGCUAAAGAACCAGAAGUGAAAAUACAGCCUAGCCCAAGCACUGGUCAAUCACCUCCAACUGACCAAAGAGUAACAAGUACCCAGAGACAGACUGGCCAGGAAAGUGAGUGUAACCCAAAAUACAUGAAGGUGAAACCAGAUGUUCAAGAGGAAUCAGAAAAAACAACGCUCUCAAAAGAUACUAAAACAGUAUCUGAGGCCUCAAAAACAACCGAAUCUUUGGGUGGAAAGAUGUUUGGAUUUGGUUCAUCUAUUUUCAGCUCGGCAUCAAAUCUGAUAUUGGCUGCUGAAUCACGAACUACACCACCUGGUUCUCGUAAGAUGUCUGCACCACCCCAACUCUCUGGCAAGAUGUCUGUCUCACCAAAGAUUUCACCAAAAAGUACACCUACAGUUUCUCCCAAAAUGUCACCAGCUAGAGAGCCAAAGGUUCUUUCUGCAAAACCAGGGGAAUCUCAGCUGAAGAAAGAAGACAAAGCUCUAUCACAGCCACAUGGAGAAACAGUCUCUCCAAGAUGUUCAGAUGGAGGGCCAACUAUCUGUCCACUGUGUAAGGGUGAGAUGAACAUCGGCUCCAAGCAGACUCCAAAUUACAAUACCUGCACUGAAUGCAAGACCACAGUUUGUAACCAAUGUGGAUUUAACCCCAUGCCCAUGGGUGAGGUAAAAGAAUGGCUGUGUCUUACAUGUCAGGUGAAGAGAGCAGUUGGACCAAAUGAACCUCCAGGCCCUCCUGCUUUAAAGUCUGAAACCUCACCCAGUAAAUUUCCUCCAUCCACUGAUGUUCAGAUGGAAGAUGCCUCCAAACUCACUUCUUCUCCAAAAAAGGAUGGUCUCGAUGUUGUGGAGCAAUCUAGAGAACCUUUAGGGAGAGUUUCACCACAGAGAAAACAGUCAGUGCCAUUAAGCAAACCUCCAUCUAGUGAUGCUUCUCUAAAACAAGUUAGCCCAGCACUAGAUCAGAAAACACCUCAAGAAAAACUAAAAGCUGAAGAAAAGAAACCAUCAGAUCUGGCAAACCAACACGAACGCAGACGGAGUAGCACUACUCCAGCAAAACAGCAAGAGUCUGGAGGCUUCUUUGACUUUGUUGAACCUAAACCUCAGCCAGAAGGAGCAAAGGCUGCUGAGUCAGUGGGUGGGAAGAUGUUAGGCUUCAGUUCAUCCAUCUUUAGUUCUGCUUCUACCUUAAUAACCUCAGCGGUGAAGGACCAGCUCAAUACAACACCACCAGUUUCUCCCAAGAUGUCUCCUUCAAAAGAGGCAAAAUCACCUACAGCUCCAAAAGUAGAACAGGAGAAAAAGUCACAACAGCAACAGCAGUCAGAGAAUCAGCCAACUGCAGAACCAAAAUCAAAUGAGAUCAAGCCUUCUGCUUCCCAAAAGCUUGAGCAGCAGAAGAAAGCAGAUACAUCCUUGCAGACAAAGACCCUUCCAUCAGUACAGGCUAAAGUGGAGAAAACCCCAUCAGAGGUUUUGAAAUCUGAAGCAGGUACCCAUGCAAGUGUCAAACUAGAACAGUCCACCUGUCCACUGUGUAAGAUCAAACUCAACAUAGGCUCUAAGGAUCCACCCAAUUAUAAUACAUGCACACAGUGCAAGAACACAGUGUGUAACCAGUGUGGAUUUCACCCAAUGCCAAGCAAAACUGCGGUUGAGUGGUUGUGUCUCACCUGUCAGAUGGAACGAGCCCUGGAAGUGACAGACCCUCCAGGAGUUACUUCUCUCAAGCCUCACGCAAAAUCCCAAGCAGGCAUCACUAGCCCAGCUGAGCCUGAAAAGAAACUCUCCUCUGCACCACAGUCACCUCAGAGGAAGUUAUCUUCACCCGCACAGCCCCCUGAAACAGCUGACAAGCAAGUGGUUAAUAAACAGGCUAGCCCAGAUCCUUCUAAGAAAACCCUACAAGAACAGCAGCAAACAUCAGGCCCAAGCAAAUCACCAGGCCAGACAAGGCAAGCUGAACAGAAGCAGAGCAAUGUGGCAGGGGUGCCACAGAAAGAUUCAGGUAGCUUCUUUGGAUUAGGAAAGGGUAAAACUCAGCCUAAUGUGGACAAACCAGUGGAGUCCGUCUCUGGAAAAAUGCUUGGCUUUGGUUCAUCCAUUUUCAGCUCUGCAUCUACCUUAAUAACUUCAGCUGUUCAAGAUCAACCUAAGACCACUCCACCAGUAUCUCCCAAGUUAUCCCCUGCAAAAGAAGUCAAAUCCCAUGCUGCCCAAAAGAAGGAGCAGCCAGAACCACAGCAGCCUAAGGGACCUGCUCUGGUGCAAGUCAAAGAUGACAAGGCUCAGCCAGAAGCUUCUAAGAUUAUAGAAGCUUCCGAAGGUGCCAUCAAACCAAACAUUAGCUGUGUGCUCUGUAAGGCUGAACUUAACAUGGGGUCCAAGGAUCCACCUAACUACAAUACCUGCACCGAAUGCAAGAACACAGUUUGUAAUCAGUGCGGAUUUGACCCCAUGCCAAACCAGUUAGAGGUGAAAGAAUGGUUGUGUUUGACUUGCCAGAUGCAAAGAGCUCUGGCAGCAGCCGACUCAGUACAGGUUCCUCUGAAGAAAGUUCAGGGAUCACCGAGCCAAGUUUCCUCACCUGGUACUGUCAAAAAAGAUGUGACCAAUGAAAGGAAACACAGUAUUCCUAAAGAAGGAGCUGAAGUUAUUGACAAAACACAAGGUGCGCCUCAAAAGAAAGACAUAUUGCAAACUUCUGCCUCAUUGGCAUCAAAAGAUGAAACAGCUUCAGCCUCAGAUCUAGCAAAAGAUGAGAAAACCAAUUUACUUUCUACUGAGGGUACUCUAAAGUAUUUGGUUCCUCAAAGUGAAGAGGUAGGGACUGUUGUUUCUGAUGUCAAACAACCAAUGCCUACACAAGGUCCUCCUUUUGCCGCAGACAAGAAGACAACUCAACUACCUCAAGACACAUUUGAAAAUGAGGAGAAAUGUGAAACUAUAAAGACAACACCUGGGCAACUUUUCAAAUCCAUGGAGGAUGUAAAACAAUACCAAGCCAAAGAACCUCAAAGAAAAGGUUCAGUAGUAGAGGUCAAAGAAGAUGAUGAGCAGAAAACGCAUGUCAAAAAGAUAAUAGACAAACCUCACGAGGCUAAAGUUACUCCAACAGGGCAGAAAGAAGAUGGUAAAAGCCAGAUGGAAUUGACAAAACAGGCUCAAGUUGCUUGUCCACUCUGCAAAGUGGAGCUUAACAUUGACUUCAAGAACCCCCCCAACUUCAACACCUGCACUGACUGCAAAACCACUGUUUGCAACAAAUGUGGAUUUAGUCCAAUGCCAAAUAUCUCUAAGGCAAAGGAAUGGUUGUGUCUCAACUGCCAGAUGCAGAGAGCUCUUGGAGCUUCUGAACCCCCAGGCCUCCCAAUGAUGAAAACACAACCUUCACCAAGCAAAGAUAUUCCUGCCCAUAAACAGAAGAAAGAAACCCCAACUGCUAAUAUUUCCAAGCAAGAGAUUUCUGAGCCAGUCACAGACACUGCUAACAUUAUUAAGGCCAGAGAAACAGAACUCCUUCCUGUUAGUGAACCAACAAAGGAGGUCUCUUGUGCAUCUGCUUCAGUCCCUGAUGAAAGUGGUCCACCAGCUGCCACAAAUGUAGAUGUUUUACCACCCUCACAAAAGCCAUGUUCAGAUGUGCCGAAAGUACAAGCGGACACACCACAGCAACAAACUCAGAAAGUUCCUUCUUCUACUAAGCCUGCUAUUCCAACAGAUCAAGCAAAAGGAGGUCCACCUACAGACAAGCCUACUUCUACACCACAGCAGAAGGGAGCAAAACAACCCACAACACAUCCUAAGAAACCUGAGAGCUCUCCUCCUAAGACUGCAUCGCCAUCAGUUCAGGCUGUAAAACCAGAGUCAGGUAGCUUCUUUGGCUUUGGAGGCCCUAAAACACAGCCUUCAACAGAAAAACCUGCAGACUCAGUUACUGGAAAGAUGUUUGGCUUUGGCUCGUCUUUCAUAAGUUCUGCAUCCAAUCUGAUUACUUCAGCUGUUCAAGAUGAACCUAAAACUACGCCGCCUUCUCCUCGUAAGAUGUCCGCCACAGAUAGAGUCUCUCCAAAGCCUACACCACCCGCUUCUACUAAAACAUUACCAGUAAGGGAUGCUAAGGUAACUUCUGUGCAGAAGACUGAGGACAAGAAUUCUGAGAAACCACAGCAGACUAAAAUUAUUGCAACAGAACCAGCCAAAGUGACAAAAUCACCAUCAGAUAACUCUAAAGUACCACUAAAUGGGCAAGAUGCUUCUAAGACUGAUCUGUCAGUGUGCCCACUUUGUAAGAUCAAGCUAAAUUUUGACUCCAAAGAUCUUAAAAACUACAACACUUGCACAGAGUGCAAGACUACAGUGUGCAACCAGUGUGGAUUUGAUGCAGUCUCAAAUAUAUCAGAGACAAAGGAAUGGCUUUGUCUAAAUUGCCAGAUGCAGAGGGCAUUGAAAGCCUCGGAGUCAACUGUAGCUCCCGUGGCAAAACAGACACCAAGCGAAAUUCCACGGUCUUCUCCUGUUGUACAGAAGGAAACAGUUACACCAAUCAAACAUAUCCAAAAAGAUUCCAUGGAAGCUGCAACCCCAUUGCCAACUGCUGCUCCACCUCAGCAAGAUUCUGUGAAAAAGGUGCCAGUGGUUUCAGGUUCUGACCAGCAAAAACCAAAUGAAAAGCUACAACAAAUGAAGAUUACUCAAAGUACCAAACCAGAAGUAAAGAAAGAUGUUGGAAAACAAGACAUUGGAAAAGUACAGGAACAGCCUGCAAAGCUACCCACACAGCCAACCAAAAUGGCUCCACCAGUUCAGCCUACUAAACAAGAAUCUGGGGGGUUCUUUGGAUUUGGUGCACCUAAAGCACCUAAGGCACCAGUGGCAGCAGCGAAAUCUGCUGAAUCAGUGACUGGGAAGAUGUUUGGCUUUGGCUCAUCUUUUCUUAGUUCUGCAUCUACACUAAUACAAUCAGCUGUUCAGGAUGAACCUAAAACCACACCACCUCCUCCAAGGAAGAUGUCCACUACUGCUCCUACCUCACCUAAAGUCACACCACCAGUUUCUCCAAAGAUGCCCCCUGCCAAAGAUACAAAAAUGCCUGCUAUACAGAAAUCAGAGCCACUUCAGCAAGACAAGCCUACUCCUCCACCACACCUGGACAAGACUACUCCACCACCACACCUGGACAAGACUACUCCACCACCUCAGCAAGACAAGCCUGCUCCACCACCUUUGCAAGACAAGCCUGCUCCACCACCUUUGCAAGACAAGCCUGCUCCACCCCCUCAAAAAGACAAGCCUGCUCCACCCCCUCAACAGGACAAGCCUGUUCCACCCCCUCAAAAAGACAAGGCUGCUCCACUCCCUCAAAAAGACAAGCCUGCUCCACCCCCUCAAACACCUGGACAAGACUACUCCUCCACCACACCUGGACAAGACUACUCCACCACCUCAGCAAGACAAGCCUGCUCCCCCCCCUCAAAAAGACAAGCCUGCUCCACCACCUUUGCAAGACAAGCCUGCUCCACCCCCUCAAAAAGACAAGCCUGCUCCACCCCCUCAACAGGACAAGCCUGUUCCACCCCCUCAAAAAGACAAGGCUGCUCCACUCCCUCAAAAAGACAAGGCUGCUCCACCCCCUCAACAAGACAAGCCUGCUCCACCACCUUUGCAAGACAAGCCUGCUCCACCCCCUCAACAGGACAAGCCUGCUCCACUCCCUCAAAAAGACAAGGCUGCUCCACCACCUUUGCAAGAGAAGCCUGCUCCACCACCUUUGCAAGACAAGCCUGUUCCACCCCUUCAAAAAGACAAGCCUACGCCACCAUCUUUGCAAGACCAGCCUGCUCCAUCUCCUCCACAGACCAGACAUACUCCAUCACUUCAAGAAAAAAUAGAAGAUUCACCACUGUCCACAGAGGUGAACAAGGUUCUUCCUACACCAACUGUGUCCACCUGUCCUCUUUGUAA